AUGUGCAAAUACUACGCCCACUCGCACCCCUGCGGGCACGUCCGCACCGUCUUCGCGGCCUUCUGCCCGCCCGCCGCCCUACUACAGAAGCCCUGCGGCGGCGGCGGGAAUCAUAAACAGGGCGACAUCUGGGCUACGGUGCAGAUGGAUCGGGAAUGCGCGCAUUGCUAUGAGGAGCCGGAGCCGGCGAUGUCGCGAUCUCGUGCCACGGGCGGUGCCGGGGGGCGGAAGAAGGUUGUUGUUGUUGUUGGAGGUGGUGGUGGUGGCGGAGGGGGGCGGCGAUGA